ACAAUGUGCCUUCGACCCUGCCAACAAUCGCAUCGUAUACCAUCACCGUGAAAGCAGUAUUCGAAUGUAUAACAUUCUGAACGAAAUUCUUGUCAGCAGAGAACGAAAGAGAGUGACSAUGGGCGCAGAAGCUGUUUCGGAUAUAUCGGUAGUUCYGUCGUGGGCAGCACCUACCGUGUCGCUAAUGCACAUCCUGCUGUUGGCUUCCUUACUACAAUCUCCAUUACCGUUUGCAUCUGGUUUUCAAGAAACAAUAGCAACGACAACGACGACGGCCAUAUCUUCGCUCCACUUAUUUCGGACGUCGGGAAAAUCAACGGCAUCUUUGUCUUUGUCCCGGRUCGCUCCGGAACUGUCUUCCGAACGGAAAGCAUACGCUGUAKGCAUACUAGAUCGGAUCUUCGGAAAAGAAKCCUCCGGGUCCUGGGACAAACGCCGCGAAGCCGCGAGGUCAACCACCCUGGACAGGAAGGACGGUGACGAUGAUGCGAACAACGAGACUGCCAUCCUCCAGGGCAUCCCGGAGCACGAAUUGGUUUACGGGGAACUUGGGAUCGAGGCACUGGCGACGAUACUGGACGCGGUUGGUGUCAAGAAGGGCGACGUCUUUCUAGACAUUGGGAGCGGCGAUGGAUUGCUAGUAGUCGGCGCGGCCCUUCUCUUUCCUGGCUACCUGAAUGCGGCCCGUGGGAUCGAGAUUGUUCCGGAAUUGUACGAUAGGUCAUUGGCAUUCAGGGACAAAUUUAGCGACAUGAGACUCCGCGAAGAGGAGCAACAAGAAUUUCCAGAGGUUUCUUUUCGUCUUGGGAACAUCUACGAACUAUCGAAUUGCAAAAGCGAGGCAGACUAUUAUACCCGGGAUGCCACCCUGGCCGUCUGCUUCGCCACUACCUGGUCCAAGAACAUCCCCGGCAAGAAAUUGGAUCGCCUUUCGAGAGUCCUGGGCAAGGGAGGACCCUCAGAAUUGCCUGUCGGUGCCAAGGUGGUCAUCAUCGAUGGCRUCCUGGAGCCGGGGAGGGAUGGUUAUGAUUACGAAGGUGAACUCAAGCUCCACUGCCCUGAUACUGCUCCCUACUCAGUCGCUCGGUUGUACACGAGAAUUUAGCAAUUGCAGCAGUACUGUAGUUGAAUACGAUGGAAUUAGAAUCAUCAAGUGUUUGCUAUGAGUUUCUGAAUAGAGUACGUUAGCGGAU